AAAACGUGUCCGGGAAUGAGUGACACAGGACCGGACGUAUAUCUAGACUAAAACCUGCGGGUCUAUGCGUGUAGUAACGGCUUGAUACAGUUUCCUACAGUCGUGGUGCGUGACGUUGUCCUGUUUGUUGAUGUGAAUCCACACGAACAGCCAUGGCGGGCAAAGAGCGCGCGGCCGGUGCGCGUGAGCAGCAGACAUCUGUGACUGAUGGUAAAAUAAUCACAUCCUUUCAGACCACGCUCACGUUUAGCCUUGUUUAGCCUUUUUGACGUUCAAUGGAAACCGGCCAGCAAGAGCAGUUUGCUGAAAUCGAUAAACUGCGCGAUGAAUUGUUGACAAACAUAAAAUGUGACGUCGAACCACCAAAACAACUCGACAGUCGAGAAGUUUUGACACGAAUAGAAAAUGUGAUUCUUGGAAUGGUCGCCACGCUGUCCAAGGACGAGGCCCCCGUCCUGGUGCUGCCCAGCAGGUCCGACUGGGCCAAUGUGAGUUUCGACAGUGCAGUUGGUCUGCAAAUGAUCGCAGGAAGCUCAGUCACCACUGUUCGGAGCGACUGCUCUUUGUCUGUCAAAAAGUUUGCACAAAUCUUUAAGAUUCUCUCUAUCAUCUAUAAACUUGUGCAGAGCAACUCAUACGCCACAAAGAGGGACAUAUAUUACAACGACACCCAGCUCUUUGGCUAUCAGAGGGCAGUGGACUGUAUUGUGGACGACAUCUCCUGCAUGCUCCAGGUUCCACGCAGGACACUACAUGUGUUGGCCACAUCCAAAGGCUUCCUCUGCGGUGAUCUGAGUUACCUGGAAGGCGAUGGUUCCCGGGUCAACUGCCUCUCCAGCUCUGCUGCUGUCCCUGUGUCUUCCAAUGUUGCCGGAAUUAAAAAUAUUGUGUCUUCUGCCAAGUUUGUCCUCAUUGUGGAGAAAGAUGCCACGUUCCAGAGAUUGAUUGACGAUGACUUCUGCUCAAAGCUCUGCCCUUGUAUCAUGAUCACAGGUAAAGGGUUCCCAGAUGUAAACAGCAGGCUGAUGGUGAGGAAGCUUUGGGACACUCUGCACAUCCCCAUCUUUGCCCUGGUGGACGCUGACCCUCAUGGCAUUGAGAUUAUGUGCAUCUACAAGUACGGAUCGGUGGCAAUGUCGUUUGAGGCCCACAAUUUGACUGUCCCUAGCGUGAGGUGGAUGGGCCUCCUCCCCUCUGACCUCCAGAGGCUAAGAGUCCCUCAGGACAUGCUGAUCCCACUCACCCAGAGAGAUGAGAGCAAGCUCCACAGCCUCCUCAGAAGACCCUACCUCGCCAGCCAACCGUCCUGGCAGAAAGAGAUGGACCUGAUGCGACAGAACAAAGUAAAAGCUGAGAUCCAGUCUCUCUCUGCUAUUGGCCCUGACUUCCUCUCCAAAGUCUACCUCCCCAACAAGCUGCGCUAUGGGGGCUGGAUAUGAGGACAAUGCUGCCAUCUACUGGCUGACUUCAUUAUGUAGUUGGUCCACCAAAGCAUACAUUCAUUUCAUAAUGCUAACAUGUUGAACUAGAAGCCAUUAGACAUACAGAAAACGAAAAAAAUUAAAGAAUAAAAAUAUAUACUACUGCUGAUACUAGUAUUUAUAUAAAUAUUUUUGAUUAAGUAAAUUAAAAAACCAAGAUAUGUUAUAUUCCGCUUUAUUUAUUGGCAACAGGUGGCGACAUUGAAAAUGUCUUACAGUGUUUAUAGCAGUUAAGGUCAGUUUUCGGAAUUUUGUCCUGAGGACUCAUGGCAGGUGUGUAGUAUAAGGAAUAUCCAACAAAUGUAAUUUUAAAAUACAUUUUCAGGACUUGAGGAAAAAACAUGUGAGAAUUUCAAAAGGCAGGAUAGGUAGACAUGUGAAAUACUGGCCGGGUGAUAUUGACACGCAAAGCCAGUGUUCUAUCUCCUUGUCUGAAUUAGCUUUCCCUGUAUUUAAAAUGAACACAUACGGAAAUACGUUAUUCAGUAACAAACUCGCACCAUGUCUUAACUGCAUUAUUUUUAAAACAUCAAAUAAUUCGAAGAAGAAAAUCCUCCAAGCUUUAUCUAUUUUAUGGGCUGUGAUAAAACGGAUCCCCUCCAUGUAUGGUGUUUUUGUGUGAGUUGCUUAUGUAUCUCUAUCUGAGUCUGGCUUUGAACUGAGAUGUUGUAUGUAGG